CACGAAUUUGCGGCCAGCAUAACCCGAGAAAAGGUUGUGCCUUUUAGUUUGAAGGAAGCAGGAAGUAUUGUUUCGGCAGGUUUGUGUGAAUUUGACGCAGGUGAACUCGUGUUUUGGUCAUGGGUGUGUAAGAUUUUGGUUCGGGAUACUCGUAUAGGCUACUUAAAGAAACCUGCUGAAGAUGGAGGAGGCUGAACACAGCUGUAAGAAAUGACGAGGAGUCCUGAAUUCUUGGAGCAGCGACAGAUGAGUUUAUAAGGGGUACGUAGCUGCAGAUCCCUGAGCUAGUGAGAUGGAGGAAGCGUACAGUGAACUGUACCAGCAGUUUCUUUGCCUAAGGUCACUUUGCCUGAGACAGGCAGCUCUGCUACAUCACCUCACUAAGGCUUUGAAGCAGCAGCAAGGUGCCAUUGUUCCUAAUGGAGAGUUGAGUGAUAUGAUGUCUAUCCCCAUCCAGUGUACCAAAGAAACCCCUGUAUAUCUCCAUGGAAGGCCUCAACCACUAACAGUCACAGCACGCAACCCUGAAGCACAGUGUGGCGUUGAUCACCUCUCUAGAAAUGUGGGGACUUUUUCUGACCUCCUUGCUGAAGAUAUGUCUAAGCUCUGUGUGGAUGUGCCUCGUCAGGGAAAGGAAGACGGGACGUUGGAGCAAAUGGUUGCACCCCUUUUAAGCCUUGACUUCACAAGAUGUCAAGGAGCCUCUUCUGAUGUCUCCAAUACUCGGGGACGAGCAGAUCAUCGUAGAGGAGACAGGACAAAGCACACAGGGAGUACCGGCAGUCCCUCCCUGGUUGGAGACUUCCUGAGUCAGUCUGGUGGGUUGCUGAUGUCAGACGUGGCACUGCAGUCUCAAGUUUGUGAGUUCUGCCAGGCAGCUUUCCCCGGAGACACAACCACCAGAGGAGAGUUCCUACGACAUCUUUACACCCACGUCACCUAGACUUAACUGGUGUGGAGCAGGUGUAACUCUGUUUGAAAUUGAACUGCUUUUCAUAUGGUUAACCGUUUGCCUAUAUGGUCCAGUGUGCAGAAGCUGUUGUGUGAUCAUUUUCUGUCUCUGAGAUGUAAAAUGAAAGGUAGAUAAGGUAUUAUGCUUUAAUUGUACUAGUCUAGUGUUCAAUUUUUUUUUAGCUUGGCCCGUGGUAUUGCUGCUUGCAGCUUUCUACAUAUAAUACACCUGCCAUGACAUAGUUGCGUCACAUACCCAAGUCGCCGCUACUCGCAGUCAAAAACAACAGUAAAAUACAAUCUGGUUCAUGGGAAAAAAAACAUCAAGAGCAGACUUUACUAAAGGCAAGCUAGGCAACUGCCUAGGAGCCCGAGGUAAAGGAGCCCCAAACAGCUAUAGAUUUAUUAUGAUGUUUAGGUAUGAAAAAUAUAGAAUUAUUUUGCUGUUCUAACUCAUUGUACCCUGAAAUAACUUACAUAAGGCCCCCAAAGCACUUAAAAAUAUGCAACUCAACUGUAUACUACUGUGUACUUCUACUUAAGAGGAAAACAUUGUACUACUACUAGGGCUAUCAAUCGAUUAAAAUAUUUAAUUGCGAUUAAUUGCAUGAUUGUCCAUAGUUAACUCAUUCACCACACAUUUAUUAUCUGUUCUGGGAUAUUUUUCAAGUUUUGAAUGCUCUUAUCAACAUGGGACCAGACAACAUGCUUGCUUUAUGCAAAUGUUAAUUAUUGCAACUAGGGAUGCAUGAUUCAGAGAAUAUCACGAUUCUCGAUUCAAAAACACGAUUCACAGUAUGUAAAUGUAGUUACUUUUCCCAUGUGAUUGCAGUAGACAUACAAUAAAAUAAUAAUAAUAAUUUGAAUAUUUAUACAUUUUUGGAAUUCUAUGAAUCGAUUUUGAAUCGGUAGAGCUUGAAUCGCGAUUCAAAUGUGAAUCGAUUUUUUUUGUACACCCCUAAUUACAACAAUUCAAAACAAUGACAAAUACUGUCUAGAAUAUUCUCCAGAAUAACCUUAAAGGUACUGUAUGCUCAAAAAAUAUGCUGGAAGCAUAAUAUGGCAAACUCAAGCCCAUCAAGCAACAACAGAUGGGCAGAUAUGCAUGACAUGUUAUCGAGCGUGGCCUACCUUUGGUGAGGGGGAGGAGGGUUCUCGCUCUUAAAAACAUUAGUGCCGUUAAAAUAAAUUUGCGUUAAGUCGUUUACUAUCGCAUUCAUUUGGACAGCCCUAACCACUACAUUUACCUGACAGAGAAAUGUUACUGGUUAUGUUGCAGAUUCAGAUUUUACUUACAAAAUAUAACAAUUAAAAUAUGAUGCAUUAUUAAUAUCCAGCAUUAUAUUAGUAUUGAAAGCUCCAUCUUAAACAGACGUAUUUUUAAGUACAUUGUUCUGAUUGCCUCUUUCACUCUUUGCUUUAAGUAAACAUUUGAAUGGACUUGUACUGUGCUGUACUAAUAAUUUUACUUCAGAAAAAAACAUUUUGAGUAGUGUAUUGAGAUUUUAUUUGUAAAGGCUCAGUUCACCCAAAUUACAACCACACACAUCUCACUUACAUCUACAGUACUAACCAUGGUUUUAUUUGUCCAGGUUUUGAUCAGUCCACAGACCUUUCUGUAUCAGUUUGUAUAGAAACUAUUUCUUCCGUAGAAAGUAAUGUUAACCUAACACAGGACCAGAUAGACCUUGAGCUAACUGUUUACGCUACUUCAUUUAAUACAUGUGGCUCACGGACAGAAAGCCUUUGAUAGCAUGAUUUUUUGCCAGUAUAGUUUCAACUUGCAACCACUACGUAUUGCCUAAAAUCGUAUUAUUCAUCCAUCAUUUAAAGCAUCCUUACUUCACGUACACUGACUGUGAUGCUCCUCAGAUGCUUUAAUGGAGCCCGUGAUUCCACCAGAAAAUGCAAACUUGUGAAAAUACAUUACCUUUCUACUAAUUAAAAUGCCUAGACAACAGAAACAGUGCUCUAUAAUAUGAGAUUAAUAGAGAUGACAUGUGUUUGAAGAACACCGAUCCUGAUUGCUUGCUUGUAACUUAAAAUACAAAAGUAUAUACAGGAGAAUAAACCAUUGAAAUAAAUAGGGUCAUUUGUGAUGUUGUGAGGCAUAUUAUUCUACCUCUCAACCUGAAACGCUAAUGUAAUUGUCAUUCCUGGACAAAAAUAAACUAACCAAAAGUGUUUAUUUGGUGCAGCAACGUCA